AUGAUUUCAUCUGGUUGCAGUCUAGAACUUGCCAGUUUGCGGACACGUCGGAACGGGCUCCAGCCAGGCGGUGCGUGCAGUGGGCGUGUGGAACUCUUCUCCUCUCACCUCUCUCCUUUCUGGCCCCGGUCGGGUCCGUUCUCCAAUCUCUGCGGGACUCACUUGCCCCCGUUGAACCCUGUGGAAAGAGAGAGAGAGAGAGAAGGAGAGAGAGCAACUUGCUACAGCUUACCUGGCAGAGAUGACUGCGACUGGAGGAAGAGAAGAAGAGAGAUUUCGAUCGUCGACCCUAGUGUUUCUGAUCCGGGUCCUGGUGCAAUCAGAAUUCGUCUGCACGUCGCUGGAGUCGGUGGAAAACACCACAGGGACUUUAUUGGAUCAUGA